AUGGAAGAGAGGGUCACAUACGCUGAUCUGCGCUUUCCCCCCACACCAGGUCCUCAGCAGCCGGUGCGCCUGCCCUGGUGCUGGGCAGCCCUCAGCCUGGGUCUCCUCUCCCUGAUGCUUCUACUGGCACAAAUCAUCCUCGUCAGCUUGAGCUUCCACUAUUUAGUACAACAGCAUGUCCGCUGCACCCCUGAUCUCUGGAGCACGGAGGAGAGCCCCAGCUUUGGGCAACAGACACUGCGAGCGCAAUGCCAGUUUUGCCCAGUCGGCUGGCUCUGGGAUGCAGGGCAGUGCUACUACUUCUCAUCUGCCAAAAAGGCCUGGGAGAAAAGCAGAGAGGACUGCUGCUCCAGAGGGGGACAUCUGGUCACCAUCCAAGACAACACUACCCUGGCUUUCCUGAUGCGCACAGCCAACAUGGAGGUCUUCCAUGUGGGGCUGAAGAAGGAUGGCUAUGCGUCUGACUGGAAGUGGCUGGAUGGCACCACGUUGAAGGGGAUCUUCCCAAUCCAUGGCUACACUAGGCCUUACCAGGCCUGUGGCAGAGUGUCAGGUUUGGGGCUGUCGAGUGGUCUGUGCUCAGAACCUCUUGGAUGGGUCUGCAAGCAGAGUGCAGCCACCCUGCAGUGGCUCCAGUCCUCACCUCCUGCCUUUGUCUGGGGAAACACCACCUACAACUGUGUGAGGCCCUGA